AAUGGCCCUUUCUGUACCGAUAGUGCUUUUGCAAACAUAGGGAACGUUCCUAAAACCCGUGGGACUUUCUGUAAGAAGUGUGGCAAGUACCAACCCCACAAAGCGACACAGUACAAGAAGGGCAAGGAUUCUCUGUAUGCACAGGGAAAGCAGUGUUACGGCAGAAAGCAGAGUGGUUAUGGUGGGCAGACUAAGCCGAUUUUCCGCAAAAAGUCUCAAACUACAAAAAAAGAUUGUCUUGAGCCCAAUUGCAGACCUAGGAGAAAGCUCACUAUGAAGAGAUGCAAGCAUUCUGAAUUGGGAGGAGAUAAGAGAAAGGGCCAAGUGAUCCAGUUCUAAGCUUCAUAUUUUGAUUUAUUAUGAAGACGAUAAAAUCUUGAGGAUAUGUUCACUUCU